AUGGCAUCGACGAUGGCAGCUAGUUUAGUCGCCGGAGUGAGUGAGAAGUUCGCCUACCUGGCGUCUUUAAGGGACCCAAGGACCGCCGGUUGGAGCCUCACGGCGGACCUGAGGUUCAUGUUGCCAGUGUGUCUCGGCUACCUUUACGUGGUGAAGAUAGCGGGUCCGCGAUGGAUGGCGAGCCGCAAGCCCUACAACCUCAAGUGGACCAUCAUGGCGUACAACUUGUUUCAGGUGACUGCGAACGCUUUCUUCUUUGUGCAGUACAUGCGUUUCGCCUAUAUCAGAGGAAACUACAGUGUGUUCUGCCAGGGCAUCGACUAUUCCCGCAACGAGAAUGAGAUGGCACUCCUGCGAGUGUCCUGGUGGUACCUCUUUGUGCGGAUCGCCGACUUCAUGGACACUUUCUUCUUCGUGGCUACGAAGAAGUUCUCCCACAUCACGUACCUGCACGUCGUUCACCACUUUCUGGUCGUACUCAACGGCUGGUUGUACAUCAGCUACGGAGGUGGCGGUCAGUUCAUCAUGAUCCUGUGCCUCAACGCACUCGUGCACGUGAUUAUGUACGGCUAUUACUUCCUGUCCGCGCUUGGACCUAGUAUUCAAAAAUACUUGUGGUGGAAGCGGUACCUCACCAGGCUGCAGAUCUUCCAGCUCGUCUUUCUUACGCUGCACGGCUGUAUUCCUCUGGUGUAUGAUUGCGGAUUCCCCAGAUUCCUCGUAGUGCUCGCCCUUCCGCAAGCGUUUGUGGUCCUCACGCUCUUUGUCAACUUCUACAUUCAGUCGUACACCAAAACGCGAAAACCCGAACUUUGCAUCUCUCAAGCGCGUAAAGAGAAAUAAAUGAGUAAUUAAUUUAGCGUAUACUGUUUGUUUCGCAUGUGUGGCUGCGACUAGACGAUAGUUUUGGAUGGGCUAGACUGAAUUCGGUAGGAAUGUUGUGGAGGAUGUUGUUCCCUGGGGUGUUACGCAGACUCAGGUAUUCUCCUUCUGUGAGACCAUGUCUGUCCCCCGGCUUAUAGUCCAAGACAUAAGAACCACAAGCUAUUAACGAGUUCUUUGUUAUUUAAUGGC